ACCACCGGCAAAUUACAAGCUAAGACCACUGCAAAAGGCCAAGCUAAGACCACUGGCAAAGGCCCACAUACCACCGGCAAAUUACAAGCUAAGACCACCGGCAAAUUACAAGCUAAGACCACUGCAAAAGGCCAAGCUAAGACCACCGGAAAAGGCGUAGCUAAGACCACCGGAAAAGUAGCUAAGACCACCGGAAAAGGCCAAGCUAAGACCACUGGCAAAUCUAACCAUGCGACCACCACCGGACAUGUUAAACAAUUGACCACCGGCAAAGGCAUAGCUAAGACCACCGGAAAAGUAGCUAAGACCACCGGAAAAGGCGUAGCUAAGACCACUGGAAAAGGCCAAGCUAAGACCACUGGAAAAGGCCAAGCUAAGACCACCGGCAAAGCCCAAGCUAAGACCACCGGCCAU